AUGUCGGCAAUCGUCCCGCAACUACAGAGAAUAGCGCACGAAGCUGGCGCUUAUGUGCCGGGGUGGUACACCGCGCUGCCGUUGGCUUUGAGAGUGCUCGUCACUGUGGUUGGCAGUAUCGCUACUAUCAUUGGUCUGAAUGUUCUUCGACAACUCGUCAUCCCCACGAGAAAAGACUUGCCCCCUGUAGUGUUCCACUACAUUCCCUGGUUUGGUUCUGCUGCGUACUAUGGAGAGGACCCUUACAAGUUUAUGUUUGAGUGCCGUGACAAGUACGGAGAUGUCUUUACUUUUAUCCUGAUGGGCCGUCGAAUUACCGUCGCGCUCGGACCCAAGGGCAACAACUUGUCAUUGGGCGGCAAGAUCUCGCAGGUCUCUGCUGAGGACGCUUACACUCAUCUUACUACUCCUGUCUUUGGUAAAGGUGUCGUUUACGACUGUCCUAACGAGAUGUUGAUGCAACAAAAGAAGUUUAUCAAGUCUGGUCUCACCACCGAGUCCCUCCAGUCCUACCCUCCCAUGAUCACCGCAGAGUGCGAAGAAUUCUUCACCAAAGAAGCCAAAAUCACUCCUUCCUCUCCUUCCGCUACCAUGGACCUCCUCAAGGCCAUGUCGGAGCUCAUCAUUCUUACUGCUUCCCGAACCCUCCAGGGUAAGGAAGUUCGAGAGUCUUUGAACGGUCACUUUGCCAAGUACUAUGAGGAUCUGGACGGUGGUUUCACGCCUUUGAAUUUCUUGUUUCCCAACUUGCCUUUGCCUUCUUACAAGAGGCGAGAUGAUGCCCAGAAGGCUAUGAGUAACUUUUACAUCAAGAUCAUGGAGGACCGAAGGAAGGGCGAGAGUGACCAUGACCAGGAUAUGAUUGCCAACCUCCAGAACUGCAAGUACCGAAACGGCGUCGCCCUCACCGACCGAGACAUCUCCCACAUCAUGAUCGCGCUCCUCAUGGCCGGCCAGCACACUUCUUCCGCUACUUCCACCUGGACCCUUCUCCAUCUGGCUGACCGGCCCGACAUUGUCGAGGGUCUCUACAAGGAGCAGAAGGAGAAGCUUACCAACCCUGAUGGAUCUUUCAAGGAGUACAGGUAUGAGGAUUUGAAGGAGUUGCCUCUUAUGGACGCUAUCAUCCGAGAGACUCUUCGUUUGCACGCUCCUAUUCACUCCAUCUACCGAAAGGUCAUGUCCGACAUCCCCGUCCCUGCCUCCCUCUCUGCCCCCUCCGAGAACAGCACCUACGUCAUCCCCAAGGGCCACUACAUCCUCGCCGCCCCCGGUGUCUCUCAGAUGGACCCCCGCAUCUGGGCCGACUCCACCACCUGGAACCCUGCCCGAUGGCUCGAAACCGACGGUGUCGCCGCCACCGCCGCCGACGAGUACACCAAGGGCGACCAGGUCGACUAUGGAUUCGGCGCUGUCAGCAAAGGUACUGAGAGUCCGUACCAGCCUUUCGGGGCUGGUAGGCAUAGGUGUGUUGGGGAGCAGUUUGCGUACACGCAGCUGUCGACGAUCUUUACGUAUGUGAUUAGGAACUUUGAGCUGAAGUUGGCGGUGCCCGAGUUCCCCAAGACCAACUACCGGACUAUGAUCGUACAACCCCAUAACCCCCUUGUCACUUUCACCCUCCGACAGCCCGAGAAGCAAGAAGUUUAG